GGAAUUGUUGUUAAAUCUGACGGUGAAGUGUCACACGCUCACUUCUGCCUUAUAAGUCUUUUCUUAUUAUUCUUAUUUUAAAGUAAGCGACUUGCUGAUGGACCAUUAGCGCAUAGAGCUGAGCAGAGACAGACCUACCAGUCCGUCUAUCAACCUGCCCCUGCAUCUGCAGUAGCGCGCGGUGACAUACACACACGAGAGCAUUCGGCUCGCGCGCACACGCAAGAAACAGCGAGUCCCGCGCGCGGUUCGCAUCCCGUUCGCUGCCCGGAGCACCUCCAACUGUACGCAGCUAUAGCCCCAUGUACAUUGUGCGUGUCCGCGUGCGUCCGGUGGUUGCUCGCUUGCUUUUUCCACCCCCGCUGCGCCUCCUCUCCUCUCCCCUCCCGGGACAAGGAAUACCGAGAUCCAGGGAGCUGUAAUCACACAGAGGCAAGUUGAGUCCCCCCCCUCCGCCCCCCCAACAAUGCGCGGGGGCCAACAGAGAUUGCAGUGGAGAAUCAGCAGUGUAGGCGCACACACGCGAUGAAGAUUGGAUUACAAAAAGAAAGAGGAAAAACAGUGAUUUUAUUUCGCCUCAAUGUGAGGUGUUAAAACAAGAGGAUUUCAUUCAUCUUUUUUUUUGUGAACCGCGCUUGGAAUUAUUCAUUACCAGAGAUUCUGUGAUUUUCUUUUCCCCUCCCUGCAUGGUUAUUCAAGGGAGAGAGUGGACUGUUGCAAUGUCAUCUCACACCGCUGUUUUGGACCUCUGUGGAAGGGAGAUGCUGGGAUGAAGUGGUUUAGCACCAUGUCCCUCGGCAGCAAAAGGAGUAAGAGGAGGAGUAGAAGGAGCAGCAGUCAUAGCAGUGGAGGUGAAAGUGCACUGCUCUCCCUGGCCCUUUUGGUGGCGGUGACAGUCAUGGUAGACCCUGUGGCAGCACAAAAGCAGCGGACUGGCGGUGGUUCGGAGAAAGUGCCAGUACUGAACAUUGCUGUGAUCCUGGGGCGCACACGCUACAUCUCAGACCGUGAUAUCCGGGCUCUGUGGAGCAAAGAGGACCCUAUCGACGUCAAUGUGGUCACACUGCUGGUCAACGAGACUGACCCAAAAAGCAUCAUCACCCACAUGUGCGACCUGAUGUCAGGGACCAAGAUCCACGGUGUGGUGUUCGGGGAUGGCACUGACCAAGAGGCCAUUGCCCAGAUUUUGGAUUUUAUUUCCUCACAGACACUCAUACCCAUUUUGGGCAUUCAUGGAGGGUCAUCCAUGAUUAUGGCUGACAAGGAUGUAAAGUCGACAUUCUUCCAGUUUGGUGCUUCUAUCCAGCAGGAGGCUCUGUUAAUGCUGAACAUCAUGGAAGAGUAUGACUGGCAUGUGUUCUCAAUUGUCACAUCAAAGUUUCCUGGAUACCAGGAGUUCAUCAACAUCCUAAAAACUACAGUGGACAACAGUUUUGUGGGCUGGGACCUGCAGAAUAUAAUAACUCUGGAUGCCGUGGAGGAAGACAGCCGGUCUCAGAUCAUGCUCAAGAAGGUCCAGUCUCCAGUGGUACUGCUCUACUGCUCUAAAGACGAAGCGGUAUACAUCUUGGAGGAGGCCCGCUCUCUGGGCCUAACUGGAUUUGGUUACAUCUGGAUUGUGCCAUCACUCACAACUGGGAACCCCGAAAUAACACCAGAAGCGUUUCCAUCGGGGAUGAUUUCAGUGUCAUACGAUGACUGGGACUAUCCAUUGGAGGCACGAGUUCGCGACGGACUGGGGAUCAUAACAUCUGCCGCAGCAGCUAUGUUGGUGGAGUACGGCGACAUCCCUGAAGCCAAAACAUCCUGUUAUGGACAGAUGGAAAAGACAUCAAAGCUGCCACCUAGUGCACUACACAAGUACAUGAUGAAUGUGACAUGGGAUGGCAGAGACUUGUCAUUCACAGAGGAUGGCUACCAGGAAAACCCAAAGCUUGUUGUAAUCGUUCUCAAUAAAGAGAGAGAGUGGGAAAAGAUGGGGAAACUUGACAAUGGCAGCCUGACACUAAAAUAUCCAGUGUGGCCACGGUUCAACUCUUUCGGCGAUGCCGAGAUGGAUGACAACCACCUGUCCAUCGUUACCUUGGAGGAAAAACCUUUUGUUAUUGUGGAGGAUGUUGAAAGACUCACUGGUACCUGUAUGAGGAACUCUGUGCCCUGCAGGAAGCAUAUCAAAGACAACACAACCGAAGCUGGUGGAACGUAUAUCAAAAAGUGUUGCAAAGGUUUCUGCAUCGACAUUCUGAAGAAGAUUGCCAAGUACGUCAAAUUCACCUACGACUUGUACCUGGUUACCAAUGGCAAGCAUGGCAAGAAGAUCAAUAACGUCUGGAAUGGGAUGGUGGGAGAGGUGGUCUAUAAGAAAGCCGUCAUGGCCGUCGGAUCUCUGACGAUCAAUGAGGAGCGUUCUGAGGUCAUCGAUUUCUCCGUCCCGUUCGUAGAAACUGGGAUCAGCGUCAUGGUCUCACGUAGCAAUGGAACUGUCUCGCCAUCAGCUUUUCUCGAGCCAUUCAGUGCAUCAGUGUGGGUGAUGAUGUUUGUGAUGCUCCUACUGGUGACUGCAAUGGCUGUCUUCAUGUUUGAGUACAUCAGUCCUCUUGGCUUUAACAGGAACCUGGCGCAAGGAAAAGACCCCCAUGGUCCUUCUUUUACCAUGGGCAAGGCAGUUUGGCUGCUGUGGGGUCUGGUCUUUAACAACUCUGUGCCAGUGCAAAACCCCAAAGGAACCACCAGCAAGUUCAUUGUGUCAGUGUGGGCCUUCUUUGCUGUCAUCUUCCUAGCCUCCUACACUGCUAACUUGGCUGCCUUCAUGAUUCAGGAGGAGUUUGUUGACCAAGUCACUGGGCUGUCAGACAACAAGUUUCAGAAUCCAUAUGCAUACUCACCUCCGUUCCGCUUUGGGACAGUCCCAAAUGGAUCCACUGAGAGGAACAUCCGCAAGAACUACCCAGCCAUGCACCAGUACAUGGUGAAGUACCACCAAACUGGUGUUGUGGACGCACUUGUCAGCCUCAAAUCAGGUAAACUGGAUGCCUUCAUCUAUGAUGCUGCAGUGUUGAACUACAUGGCUGGAAGAGAUGAAGGGUGUAAGCUGGUGACCAUCGGCAGCGGGUACAUAUUUGCUACCACCGGUUAUGGCAUUGCUCUUCAGAAAGGUUCCUACUGGAAGCGACAGGUGGAUCUGGCCAUCUUGGCUAUAAUCGGAGAUGGUGAAAUGGAAGAACUAGAAGCCCAGUGGCUAACAGGAAUUUGCCAUAAUGAGAAGAACGAAGUCAUGUCCAGUCAGCUUGAUGUGGACAACAUGGCGGGGGUCUUCUACAUGCUGGCCACAGCAAUGGGGCUCUCCCUCAUCACCUUUGUCUCAGAGCAUCUCUUCUACUGGAGGCUGAGAUACUGCUUCACUGGAGUCUGCUCUGGCACGCCAGGACUACUUUUCUCCAUCAGCAGGGGAAUCUGGAGCUGCAUCCAUGGAGUACACAUUGACAUGAAGAAAAAGACAGACCUUGACUUCAGCCCCCAGGACAAAAUGCUUAGGCUAAUUAAAUCUGCCAAACAAAUGACCAACAUGUCUAACCUCAGUGGCUCCCGCAUGAACUCACCUAAACGAGAAUUCAUGCACUCUGCUGGUCCCAUGAUCAUGGACAUGAUGGCAGAGAAAGGCAACUUCAUUUAUGCUGAUAACAGAAGUUACGCUCCCAAAGAUAUGAUCUAUGGGGACACCGGUGACCUUCAGUCUUAUCUUGCAAAUCGCCACAAAGACCACCUCAACAACUACAUCUUUCAGGGUGGGCAGCAUCCCUUGACCCUGAAUGACGCCAAUCCAAAUACUGUAGAGGUAGCAGUAAGUGCUGACACGGUCCAAACAAAUGCCAAACCUCAGCGAACAUUGUGGAAAAAGUCAACUGACACACUGCGUUCUGUGCCACCGGGGCCUUCUCCAAUCCCUGACAUGCUUAUGCCAGAUCCACGAAUAUCUAUGAAGACACAGCGCUACCUCCCAGAAGACACAGCCCACUCUGACAUCUCUGACUGUUCAAGCAGGGGAGCCACCUACAAGGAACCAGAAAACAACAAACACCUGAAACCCAAGGACAACUUAAAAAAAAGAUCCGUGACGUCAAAAUACCCUAGGGAUUGCAGUGAGGUGGAGCUGUCCUACUUAAAAACUAAGCAGGUCAGCGGUGGAACCAACCAAAGUGGGAGAGGAGGAGGAGGAGAGAAAAUCUACACAAUUGAUUCAGACAGAGAGAUGAGCCUCCAUUCAGACCCCAUUCACUACCGUGAGAGUCAUGGUCUUGCAGCAGAUGAUUUGGAUUACCCUGAGAUUUACUCUGACCAUGGUGAUAACUAUAGAAAGUGUGAGCAGCCAAUCAUUCAUCUGAACUCCUCACCUAUGCAUCACGCGGACUCAGAUCUUCUGCCAGACUCAGCUUACUCUAAACACUACAGCCUAAAAGAGAAAAAUAUGUCCUUCUCCCCUCACGAAUCCAUUGAUCGCUAUAAACAGACACACUGCCGAUCCUGCUUGUCCAAAGUACCCACUAGCUACCAACAAGGAGGGCCAUAUGUCUCUGCAGGAUCUGCCACAGCAUCUGGAACGCGAUCUCCAUACAAUCGGUGCGACGCAUGCCUCCACACAGCCAACUUGUACGACAUCAGUGAGGACCAGCUUCUUGGUGAGCCCUUGGUUAGUCCCACCAUGCAUCACCAAGAGCAGCAGCAGCCAGAUGAAAUGUUUGGUUUGUAUUGGCCACAGACAGAUGGGCCACAUGUUCAAAAAAGAAACCGCUUGAGGCUAAGUCGUCAGCACUCCUUUGAUAACAUCAUGCUUGAAAAGCCCAAGGAUGUGGACCUGGGCAGGCCAGCACGCAGCGUCAGCCUCAAGGAGAAGGACCGCUUCUUGGACUCAGCAUCUGACUCCCACUAUGCCAAUCUCUUCGGGAUGCGCCCUUACUCUGGCAGACUCUUUGGCACUGGGUCUAAAUCAAUGCUGUUUAACAAUAACCUUGAGGAAAGCAAGAGAAGCAAGUCCCUGUACCCAACCCAUGGCUCAGAAAACCCUUUCCUCAGUCACUCUCUGAGGGAUGAUACCAGCAGCAGACUGGUCCAUGGGCGUAGCUCCUCUGACAUUUACAAACAGCUGGCAGUAGGUUCUCCUGCAUUGGCGCUAGGAGCAGCUCCCAUCAAAACACGCAAUGAUGCGAACAAUCUUCGCUCAUCUGUUAAAUCCACCUCUUCAUACUGCUCAAGGGAUGGGCGGAUAGCUAAUGACAUGUAUAAUAAAGAGCAUGUGAUGCCUUACUCAGCCAAUAAGACUAGUGCAUACCCAGCCUCAAGGGGUGUCCUAAACUCAGCCCAGUUCAGCAAUAGACGGGUGUAUAAGAAAAUUCCCAGUCUGGAGUCAGAUGUUUAGUUGAUAUAAGCAAUGUUUUCUCUCCCUCUAACUCCUCUAAGGGUUUGUAUUAUAAUUUAUCAACUAUGUUAUCCACUAAGGGAUGUCAUAGCCACCUGACCAUUUUUCUUCUCUUUGACAUUGUAAUAAAAAAAAAAAAACUUCUGGCCCACUUGGGACAAAUUAUAUUGCUAUUACUCUCUCUGCAGAUAAUAUCACCAUAUUUGUCCAUUCUCUCCCAUGUACCAUACAGUUUAAUAUUUGGUUAGCACUUUGCUGUAAGGUUAUACGUGGGAGGAAGAAAACAUAAUAGUGCCAUUUCUGAGAUUGGAUUAGGUUUCUUUAUUGGAGAAAUCCUGCUUUUGUAUUAGAAGGAGAGUGAGUUGAUAUGUGCUGGAAAUGAUCACACAUUGAUGGUGGCAGUGAGUUUUUCUGAAGAAGGAUUAAGAAAAAGUGAAAAAGGAGCUAAUGCCUUCAGUGACCUCCUUCUCACCUUUUUUCUUUUUCACGUUUACUGACAAGUUUACUAUCAGAAUGGGUCUGAAAAGGGAGACUAAAUGAGUGAGCCAGACAUAUAGGCAUUCAUGGAGGGCAGGUGUGACCAGCGGUCGGCUGCUUGUUAAGCUGACAAAUGUACCAACGACACCUGGCAUUGAAGGAGGAUAGAAAGAGGAUGAUAGGGUGAGCAAAUAAGUGAAAGACUGGAACAGCUGGCAAUUUCUGGAAGUUAGUGAUUGCAGGUUUAGUCAGACUGUGGUUUUCUAUUUUAAAAACCAUGUAAACGACACUACAUUGAUGAGAAGAUGAGAACAAUGCAGGUGCUACAAAAUGAAUAAUGUUUACAAGCUGAAAAAAGCCAGACUUAGAAAAUGGCUUACAAAAAGAAAAGACAAGACGGGAAGGAUGAGGGGCAUUUCAUUCUUCGCACUGCACAUAUAAAAUGAUUGCAAAGUCUUACGUUUUUAUUCUAUUCAGCUAUAAGACUUAAAAAUCUAUAUAGAAAUUUUGUGUUUGCUUAUUUGGUAGCACAAUAGCAAUUAGUCAAAAAAAAAACUCUCUCCCACAUUUGCAUUUGAAAAAAAGGCAUAGCUUACUGAAAAAAUCCUCAGGAGUAGUAGGUUAUUUUGCAUGUGUUUAUUUUUUUUUCCUUCAUAAGAAAAUAAAAUCCACAAAAAUACUUAAACACACAUUCAUUAUGUUUCUGAAAAGGGCAAGGUUAAAGGUGGUGGAUGGAUAUUGUACAAUGCAAUCUUUUAACUCUGACCUUUAAACAUAGUAAACCUGUAAAGAUAAUGAUCAAAGGGAACAAAGAUGUUACAACCAAAAGGGGAAAGAUGACAACCAUGUCUUUCAUCGCCUUGUCUGGGGGAAGUGCAGGGAUAAUUUUGUCUUUUGACAUCUCUGCCGAUAAAAACAGGGUAUUUAGCUAGAAAAAAAACAAACCUCUUAUAAUCCCCUUCUUCUCUGUUUUCCUUCAUCUACAUAUAGUGUGUUCAACGAUAAUGGAAUAAUUCACAUUUAUUUAAUUAGAUUUAAGUCAAGUUUAUUCUUAAUUGACAGAACAAGGAUUUGCAGUUUAUUAGUAUUUAAAGGGCAUAUAUCUUCAUUUUUAUAAUGAUUCCUUUUUAUUUGUUUUCAGGCUCAAGGUUCACGAUAAUUAAUUUUCAUGACAAAUUAAGAAAUCUAAAAACCAUGAAAGAAAAAAUAGAGGUUGAAAAUUGCUGAAGAGUAAUUGUGUUGGGUCUGAAAUGGUGAACUCAGAAGUAUUGAUACCAAAAGAAAUUGUUGCAGAUGAACAUAAGCACUUGAGUUAAGCAUUUAGGAUAACCAAGAGCAGUUAUUGGUGUAAUGUAAUCAGUGGAUGUCAGCGGAAAUACAAAAGGAAAAACCACCUAAAAAAAAAUGUAUGUUCUUACAUGUUCUCGAUAAAUUUUAUACUUGUAAGCAAGCUAUGGCUGCCUUGAUGGUCUGGCUGAUUUCUUUCCUAAUUGUAGCAUUAAUAGUGUCAUGUCCUCUUCUCUCAGGUUUGGGGUGUCCCUUCCCUUAAAUCAAAGAUUCUAAUUGUUUCAUAAUCUUCAGGCAAAAAAAUCUUCAUUUUGAUCUUAAAAGCAAAAGUACUCACUCCGUCAUGCUUUCUGUAUUGCUGAUAAGUGCAAUCACAUCCAUUUGACAAUUUCCUGAUAAAAAACUAAUUUAUUAUUAACACUAGGACUCCCAGAAUUCUAACACUACUAGAACUCCCAAGCCCAUUAAUUUUAUGGCGAGCAUUCUGGAUUAUAUUGGUCAGAAUGCGAAAGGUUUUCUUGCAUGCUAUAAAAUUAUGGUUUUGACAAGAAUUAAUAAUAGUAUUUGAUCAAAACCUAUUAUGUUUUAUUAUUAUUUAUAAAUAGUACUGAAAAAUAAUACAGAGGUGGGGUACAGCCAAGACAGAUGGCCUAUCCAUUACAGGGCAACACAGGACAAAUAAUCAUGCAUUCACCACACAUUCACACCUGAGGGUAAUUUAGAGAGACCAAUUACCCUAACAGUCACGAUUUUAGACUGUGGCAAAAAGCCGGAUUACCCAGGGAGAACCUAUCCAUGCAUGGCAGAACAUACUCCGGGACCUCAAACCCAGAACCUCGCUGCUAGACAACUGUGCAACCAACUCCACCACGGUGUAGCCCACUUCCAGGUUAUAUGUUGAAUAUGCAUCAAAAGGCACCAGAGGCAUGCAUACACCACCUGAGGUGUGGUUAAAAAGUUAUUUCGGUGGUAAAAAAACACUUUUAAAUUAUGAUUACGAUUUAUUUAUAUUUUAUCAAAUAUUAUAAAUUUUAUGGCUCUAAAAUAUGAUUAUAUUUGCCCUUUAAACACUGUAGUCUCAAAGGAAAUUGUUCUCAAAUUGUGAACAAUCCAGGGCUCUUGAGGAAGAAGAAUUCUUGAGAUGGAUCCCUUUUUUAUUUCCUUUGCAGCAUUGUUUGGGUGUGAUGUGGGCUGGGGUGGCUGGAACCAAGGAGGCUCCACUGUUAUAUACUCUAUACAUAUCUAUCUGUGGGGAUUUAGUGUUAUCCAUGCAUGGCAGAUCUUGGGCAAGCUUGAAAUGAUAACCAAAACAUUUUUGAGGGUGUGGGAUUAAUCUGAUUGUUUGUUCAUUUAUCUGUUUAAUUACAUGUUUUGAUAAAUACGUGCAUAUACUUCCAUUUUCACUCGUGCCAAAUGUUUUGUAGCAUAAAGCUGUACAAAUUGCACAUUUAAAAAAAGAAAAAAGAACUCAUGAAAUCAUGUUUGUUAACUGAUUUGCUUGAUUGAUUGGAUCCACUAAGCCAAAUUUUAUCAAAUAAAAAUACCUCAGGAUGAUUCUGUGCAGUUUGGACAAGCAGUAGCAACAGAACAAAAUGUGCCACAGGUUUUUGUAGAACAUUUUUUAAAAAUAGUGUAAAAAACAUAAACAUGCUACAAUUUCUAGUGGCCACAACGCAGAAUGAAACUUUUCUCCUGUUUACUAUACGAGUCCAAGGUCUUCCAGUUUCACUCUGUGUUGGAGCUCAUGCAACCUAAGAGAGAAAAGGAAGAAGAGGAGGGGAAAAAAAGGAAUAGUUGUAGGGGGCUUAGAUGUUUUCAGCGCUAGUUUUUUGCCAAACAGAGCACCCUUCAUGGAAUGAAUUCUAAAAAGCUACCCUCAUACGGAAUAAUGGGAUUGUCCCUCCUCUCUCUACUUGACUGCAUUAGCCACUGUGUUUCAGCUGAAGCUCCAUCUUUGCAAUUUUUUUAAAAAACACUGUCAUAUCACUGUUUUUGAGAUACUACAGUGAACCUCUCCUUGCUUCACAAACAGCUUAUCCCUAAUGUUGACUGAAACCCCUUUCUGUCCCCUUUUUUGCAUUUAUCUGCAUAUUUAUUAUGGUUAUUAUCAUAUUUAUCUCCACAUGCUGCCUGCGUGAGCUGUCAAGUGAACAAUAUGCACAUGGAAAAUAUCAACAAGGCACCCUUUCUUUUCAUGGACUCACAACAAUUCGUUCAGUUUGUUCAGGUUUUACAGAACCAUCAUGUAAACAGUUGCUAUCUUAUGUUAAAACACGCACCCAAACAUCCUCCCUUGUGAUGACAACCCUGCUCUUUUUAAAUAGCAAAAAUGUAUUUUAAUUACAUUUAAUGAUAAAUAAUGAGGUGAUGGCAUGCAACCCCAGAUGUAAUAAGUUUAUGUUUUUAUGUUUAUUUUGUUUGUUUAUUUUGGUUAUGAUGUUAUGAUCACUAAUACGUUGUAACCACAUGUGAGUAUAUACAUAUUUGAGAGAAAAAAAUAUAUAUAUAUAUCUAUGUUUAACACAUUGAAGAUGCUGCUGUUUUGAGGGAGAAGGCGAAGAACUGACCCCCCUUUGUGGCUCCCUCGUACUGGCGGACUGGUUGUUAUCAGGCCAUGUUUCGUCCAGUUGUGUAAUAGGUUGGGGGGGGGACAUCCUCGCUCUUCCUCAUAAGGCAGGUGAGAAAUACUGUAUCACCAGCUCUGCUUCUCUCUUACGUCUCCUUCAUGUGUGCCAGGACUUCAACUCUAAAGAAGAAGAAGGAAAAAAAGCAACCCUCAACUUUGAGUCUGCUAUCCCCAAAGAUACAAGACCUUUUUCUUUAUUGUUUGCUGUAAGAAUAGAGCUUUUUUUGUAAAAAAGAAGAACAAAAACUAACUUCGUCAAAGACUUUUAAGGAACUAUUUUGAAUAUAUUUAGAAAUUACACCUGUAAAAAUCGCUUGUAAAUUCAUACUGAAAUACAUCAUCUGGAGAAUUAUAAAGAGUAAAAACAAUAUUUUUUUGUGUGAAUUUCACAAGAGCUCUUCUGUACAGUGGCACUGUUUAUCUCUCUUUCUAUCUCUCUUUUUCUCUUUCUUUCUCUGUAGAGCAACUAGAAUAAAAUUUCACCAUUCACAAGG